UGCAGCCUUGCAAAUGCCUUGUUGUCUCUAUAGCCUCAGACUUGUGGAUCUGUGUCCUGACAUGAAAGGUCACCUGUAAUGGACAGAGAGGAUGCAGUCAUGGACCAGCAGCAGGCCUGUAUAGUGAGAAACUUGCUGACACAAUUAGAGAAGAAAGACAACGAGGCCAAGGAGUUUAUGAGACUGAGAAACCAGUCAAUUAAGUACCGGAAUGACAAGACCUACCCCAGUAAAUCAGCCGAAAUUCAGGAAAACAUCAAGAAGAACAGAUACAAAGACAUACUUCCAUUUGACCACAGCAGAGUGAAGCUGACGUUCACCACCUCUAAAGAUGACACUGACUACAUUAAUGCCAACUUCAUAAAGGGAGUGACAGGCGCCAAAGCUUAUAUUGCUACCCAGGGUCCGUUACCUCACACAGUGCAGGACUUUUGGAGGAUGCUGUGGGAGUAUGACGUAAAAGUUAUUGUAAUGGCUUGUCGAGAAUUCGAGAUGGGGAAGAAAAAAUGUGAGCGUUACUGGCCACUCAAAGAUGAGACAUCAUUUUUAUGUGGGCCCUUCGUCAUCUACUGCGAUGGCGAGGAAGACAAAGGACCCUAUAUGACGAGGACAUUAAGAGUGACAAAUGACAAUUGUGAGCAGACAUUGAAACAGCUGCACUAUGUCAACUGGCCAGACCAUGGAGUGCCAGAUUUUAUUCCUUCCAUUUUGGACAUGUUGGAGGAGAUGCGUACCUAUCAGCCAAAUGAUGACAUCCCUUUGUGCAUCCACUGCAGUGCUGGCUGUGGUAGAACAGGAGUUCUUUGUGUCAUUGAUUAUACUUGGAACCUCCUCAAAAAAGGGAUGAUCACUCCAGAUUUUGAUAUAAGUGACUUAGUUCAUACCAUGAGGACCCAAAGGCCAUCUGUGGUUCAAACCAAGGAACAGUAUGAAUUGGUCUACAGCAUUAUCAGGUUGUUAUUUGAGAGAUACUUGCAGUCCGUGAAUGAACAAAGCAGCAAAAACCAGGUAACAAUGGAAGCAUCUGCAAGUGAGCAAUAUGUUGAGAAGGAGGAGUCACAACUCCAGAGCAUCUGUAAUGAGGGACUUAACAGCAUGCAGCAGAAACAGACAGUGUUGCCUUCUGCUCCUGGAGGUCUCUUAAUGGACCAAAAUAAUCACCACAGUCAACCUCAACCACUUCUUGAAGCCCUAACUAUCAGCGAGGAGGGACAAAUAUCAUCACAACUAGAAGUCCCAAUUGGCCAAGAAGUGGCUGCUGUGGAGAACACACAACAGUGUGAUGACACGCCAUCAUUGAACUCUCCGACUUCACCCUCCAAAGUGUCUUCUGUCUGUCUAAUGGUGGAGGACCCCUACUUUGACACCUCAUUCUUUGGCAAUCAAACACCAGUGAACAAGCGAUGGACGGUUGGUCCACAUUUUAGUAGGCCUCCGUCACCUCCGAUUCACCAUACACGGGUAUCUGACUCAACUCUUGUCACAGGAGAUCACACCAAUCUAGACAUACCUCCUCCUCUUCCUGAACGAACACCUGAAUCCUAUCAGCUAGCUGUUGACACAGAACAAUCAGGUGCCACAGAAAGGUUAACUGUGAACAUUCCACCGAUCGAGACUGCUGAUUCUCUGCAAGAGAGCCCCGUUACACCUGUACCAUCGCUUCCAGAUAGAACUCCAGAAUCUUAUAAGUUGGCGUCUCAUCAAGGCAAUGAAGAGUCUGUUUUGGAGCAGCAACAAGCCACAUCGGCAGCGAACCUAAACAGAAUUGGGACAUCCUCCGAAUGGUCAGGUACUUCAAAGUUAGCUGGAGACAGAUCUCAGAGAGAAACAAAGCCAUGGGUGAGGAGUAAGAGUCUGAAAGCAAAAAUGCUUUUCACAGAGUCACUGUCUCCAGUGUGGCUUUCAACUACACCACCUGUUGCUGAGGAAGGAAGUGCAAACGUUGGAGGUUGUGAUGUAAUCCAAAAGGCCUCUCUCACUUACGGUGGCGCGUCAGGAAACGCGUUUGAAAAAAGAAAUGAGAAGGGGUUACAUUGCAAAAUGGGUCUGAAGUUAUUUAAAGACAAGCAGAAUUUAAAGUCAGCAACUCCAGGGCUACUGCGAUCAUCUCCAAAGGAUGUCGUUACGUCAUUCUUCAAAUUUGGAUUUGGGAAUAGGUUAGGAAAGCCAAAAGGACCUAGGAAUUAUCCACCAAGCUGGUUCUAAAAAUAUGUUCCUCACCUCUGGAAAGAGUUUAGCCUACUUGAAGGUCUGAAAUGUGCUCAAACUGUUAGCUCCUGUAAAUCAGGGCUAAUAGCGCUAUUGUUUAUCCAUAAGCAGAUUUUAAGGGGGGGACAGGCCCCCUCCUCGUGGCUGAAAAGUGUCAUUGCAUGAAAUUGACUUUCCUAUAUACCCUAUUGGCCCCAAUAUAAGACAGUCCUGAUUAUAAGACGACCCCCUCUUUUUCAAGACUCAAGUUUGAAAAAAGACUUUUUAAACACCAAAUUAAUAUUUCUACAGAAAAUAAUUACAGUACAUCCGUACAUGAUUAUAACAAUAUAUUUGAGAGAAAAAACAUGUUAUUUUGCCUCAUUCAAAUCUUAAUAUCUGAACAUUUAAAUAUGUAAACUAAAGUGCAAUCACAUUCAUAGAUGAAUGGCUUCUGGUUUUUGAAAUGUAAAUAAACCAAUCUAUUGUGAUAAAACAACAAACUUGCAAUAACUGCAUUAACCAUCAAAGUGAAAUCUAACUAACUGUAGUCUUGAGACAAAUCUGAAUAAGGAAAAACAUUGCAAUAAAAAAAUUGCAAACUGGUUAAACUUGAGAGAAGCUGAGAUCUGUCAUGACAGACCAUCGCUUCAAUGAUAUCUGGCGCCAUCUAGCGUCGUGAAUGGGUAUAAUGUCUAGACCGCGACUAUAAGACGACCCCCUCUUUUUCAGUCUUAUUUCAAUGCAAAAAACACAGUCUUAUAUUCGGGCCAAUAUGGUAUAUAAAGGUUGUAAAGCAAUAAAACUGCAACAAAAAUGAAGUUAACAACAACAACAACAACAAUUUUUUUUUUGGGUUAUGGUUCAAAAUUAUUUUCUCGAACAGAUCAUGUGACUAGCACCUUAAACAGUCAUUUGCUUGGCAUAUAAUUAAAAAAAAAAAAAAAAAAAAAAAAUUAGGGGAAGGCAAUUAAUUUUAUUUUUCAAAUGAUUUUUUUCUUUGAUUAAAAAUAUUUGAUUGAAUGAUUUAGAAACAAAUCUCCUACCCAUAAUAUGGCCCAAACACAAACAGGAUUGCUUCAGUCGAGCUUUUUCAAUGAAAAAUUAAGUGUUCAAAUGCAAAUUUUUCAAUCGCAAAUAUUUUUUCGCAUUCCAAAACGAUUUCUAUGAUUGAAUUUUUUCUUUUUUUGAUUGAAGUGAUUUUUAUUUUUGAAAAUAUAUAUAUUUUUGAAGCAACUUAUUUUUUGAUUGAAUAAUAAAGACAAAAAUGUCCUAGCCAAAAUGUGGCCCAAACACAUAUCAACAUUACUUCAAUCAAUAAAAUAAAAAAAAAAAAAUAAAAUAAAAAACCCAAAUAUAGCUUUCACGUGCAUUUUCUUGAGUUUAAAAUUUAUUUUUGCAUUCAAACAAUUUUUUUUUUUUAAAUUGAAGACUUUUUUUAAAUUAAAAAAUAUAUAUUUUGAUUGAAUACAAUUUAUUUUAAUUGAAGCAACUUUUUUUUGGGAUUGAAUAAUAAAGACACAAAUCUACCUUCAUAUGGCUCCGCCCAGGGGAAACAAUUUUUGACUGGGGUAACUACAUUGGCACGACACCGGCGGGCGUACCAUAUUGACGAUCUUGGCGAAAAUUAUUGCCUAAGCAGCCUAAUUUAGAAUUCCCCUCAAGAAUGAUGGGAAACAAAAAACGCUCAAUGUCAACUUAUUAUUAUAAAUAUUCUUUAUAAGUAAGUUAAUUUUAUUGCUGACACUGCGUUUCGGGGUCAUCAACAUGUUGUGCCCCCCCCCGGCCCCAAAAGUGUAACACCGCCUAUGUGUUUACCACAGCAUAUUCAUAACUGCUUAUAUACUGCAUUUUAAAUUUGAAGUCAUAUGCUUUUUAUUCAUUUUUUGGUUUUAUUUCUAUUUACGAUUUCUUUUCUUUUUUUUCUCUCAAUGAUUUAAUGUGAUUUUUAUGAAUCAUUUUAUUUCCUGUUUCAAUUGUUUUAAUAUUCAUUUUCUGGUUUUAUUUCAAUUUCUUGUUUCCAAUUGUCUUUGUUUUUAACUUUCUUGAUGAUGUAAUGUGAUUUUUACGUAUCAUUUCAUCUCCGUUUUUGGUUCUUCAUGUGAUGCAAAGCACUUUGAAUUGCCUUGUGUUGUGUUGCGCUAUACAAAUAAAUUUGCCUAGCUUCGCCAUGCCUUGCCAAUCUAGUAAGGAUGUGGUCUACCCUCUUUAACGGUCAACUACAGCCAUCUACUGGUUGUAAUAUGAAGCUCAUGUCCUUAAAUCUAUCCAAAAAGGAGCAGAAACCAGUUAAUCGCUUGAUGUGAAUGUAUUUCCAGUGGAUUUUCUUUUAUUUUUUUUUCUAAAUUUUUAUUUUUUGUUA